CGAAGGUGGGGGGUACAGAAGGGGCGUCACCAUCUGUUGUUAAUUCUCCGGUCAUUGGAUUAGUAGCCUUCGGUGAUGAGAUCAGCAGGAUCAGCUUUCAGGAUGGGGCACUGUACUGGCUUCGGCUGUAGGCUCUUCCCAUCUGGGCUGUCUCUGUCAUGAAGAAGUGGAGGAGGGGUGACCAGGGAAGGGAAGAAAGCGGAGGCACAAAAGCAACCGGAGGAGUCUUUGAAGGAACAACAGCAGCAAAGCAGCCGGGGCUGCAAAGGGCAGCCUGCCCAGAGGCCACUUUUCCUUCUGUGGAGUUUACGGCAGGGAGUUUCCUGUCUCUGCUGCUUGCCUCGAUUGUCUGUUGCAAACGCGUGGAUCCCUCGGAGUAAGGGGGGAUUGGCUGCUUCUCGUCGGAGUUUGGCGAGCCGGGGGGCCGGUAGUAAUCCCCUCUUCCAUUGACAACGGCUCUCCCGAAGUGAUCGAACUCGUUAACUUUGCCCUAAGUGUUUUUGGAGGGGAAACCUGGCGGGAUCUGCUGCAGCCUUCACUGGAUUUCAGAAGCUGCUCUCAUUCGAGGAAAUACUUGCAAAGUCCUGAGAAGGUUUUUGUGCGGUUUACGGAAGGUCUCGUCUUCCGCUCCUUCCCCGGCCUCUGGGUUUUUGUUACGUCCCUGAAGCAUCGACUCCAAAAUAUAAAGAAUAAGUAGAGAGAUGCUUUCUUAUUUUUAUGGUGGGUAUAUUCUGAAAACAGCGAUUUUAAGAGGAUCCAUGAAGAAGUAAGUCCAGUCUACAGAUCCAGUCAUUGGCUCAGUUGAAAGUGUUUUAAUGAGUUAACACUGGACCUAGAUCCACCCUCCAUUCCCUGCAGCCAGGUGUUCUGCAGCCAAGCAAUGGGCCAAAAAAUCUCAGGGAGCAUAAAGUCUGUUGAUGUGAGGGAACCCCCUUACAGACCUGUCAAACGAGAACUGAGGGGUCCGGAUUUCUGCAAGCCUGCACGUCUGGAUAUGUUGUUGGAUAUGCCCCCAGCCCAUUUGGAGGUUCAGUAUAAACAUGCUUGGAAUAAUGAAGAUCGAUCCUUAAAUAUAUUUGUGAAGGAAGAUGACAAACUGACAUUUCAUAGACAUCCUGUUGCCCAAAGCACAGACUGUAUCCGGGGCAAAGUUGGCUAUACAAGGGGCCUACAUGUCUGGCAGAUUCACUGGCCUACCAGGCAACGGGGGACACAUGCUGUGGUUGGAGUGUCAACAGCAGAAGCUCCCUUGCAUUCUGUGGGAUAUACGUCGUUGGUUGGUAGCAAUAGUGAGUCAUGGGGCUGGGACCUUGGACGAAACAAACUUUAUCAUAACUGUAAAAAUCAGCCUGGGGUGACGUAUCCUGUAUUUUUGGAACCAGAUGAGUCUUUUGUACUACCAGACUCCUUACUGGUGGUUUUGGAUAUGGAUGAAGGGACACUUAGCUUCAUUGUAGAUGGACAGUACCUUGGAGUUGCCUUCAGGGGACUAAAAGGGAAAAAACUUUAUCCUAUAGUCAGUGCAGUUUGGGGGCACUGUGAAAUUACAAUGAGAUACAUCAACGGACUUGAUCCGGAACCCCUGCCUUUAAUGGACCUGUGCCGAAGAUCAAUCCGCUUUGCUCUGGGCAGAGAACGCCUGCAUGAUAUAGAAAUUCUACCUUUGCCUCAGUCUCUGAAAAAUUAUUUACAAUAUCAGUAAGAUAAAUUCUAGACCUCUAAAUGGUAGAAAUUGUUUACAUCAGAAUAUAAAUCUUUGUGAUGGAUUUUUUGAGUGUUAUUUAAUUUUUUACCUUUUUUUUUUAAUCAUCCAUGGCAGAACAUUGUGGAGACUACUAAGGAAUGUAAACUCUUUGAAUUGGUCUAGUUCUUUCAGUGAAGUAAUUGAAACACAGAAUCCCAAGCAUGUCUUCACUAGUCAAUUCCAAAAUUGUGGGGUAUAUGUGGUCUGACAUCAAGUAUGCACCAGAUGAAGAUCUAAGCCUAGGUGUAGUCUGUACACAAAAGAAACAGGUUACCAACUGCACAGCUAGUAAAAUCAAUACCACUGUUUCUCAAAAGUCAGAAUCCUGAAUGCUCCUGAGGACAGAUUAAGCUAACUGCAAUUAUGUACACAUCAGCUGUGAACCAAACCUCCUUUGCACAUAGGCGCUUUUUUGUUCUUCCUUGUGAAGAAAAAUGGUCCAGUACAAACCAGAUUCUCAUGUGCACUGUACAAGGGAACCCUUGUACAUGUGAAGCAUUGAAGCUGCAUUGGAAGUGCUAUAAUUGUGGCCUUUAUUUUUUUUUUAGUUGCCCUGCCUUUCAGAAAACCAUGCUGUUGGUGUAGUAUACCACCUGCCAUAUUUUAAAUUAUUUUAUGCAGCACUGUGUCAUAAGCUUCCUCUUUUCAGAAGCAACUCAAUCCAAUCUAUAAACUAGCUGAGCUGGCAUACUUAAAUUUUAGCUCAAUUCUGUCCUAUUCCUUCAAUGGGAUUGGGUUUGCUCAAAUCACUGAUUUAUAGUUAGCUUAUUAUUUAUGAGGGUAUUAUCAAAUACUCCCUCCCAAGACCAAACAUCAUGUCAGUGUUUUCACUUUGAACAAAUAUUAUCUUUACUCCAUGAAUUCCAAAUACUGGUUUUUCUUUUUUAACAUGUAUGUGACAACAGCAUUUACUUUCCCCCCAAGAGUCUCCCUUUUAUCUGUUUUAUCUCAUCAGAGAAGGGUGGCCUUCUGUUGUUCUCUUUCACUGCUUAAGAUGUAUUCAUUCUUCAGGAUGAAUUUAUUUUUUAAAAGCACUGCUUUUUUUUAAGUUUCUUACCAUGUUCAAAGAUAUCUGCCUGAUCAGUUGUCUAGUUUUUAACUGGAAGUUGUUGUAAUGGCAGGAUGUCAAAUGUUUAGACUGAGCUGCCUUUGGCAUAUUUUAAUGUGAAUUUAUCAAAGAAUGAAGAAAAUGUUUCUAAUAAAGUCUACUGUCCAA